UUCAUUGACAGUUCCUAGGGAAAAAGUGAGGUUAAUCGACAGCGAGCAGUCAAAGUGGACGCGAGUGCGAUGAAUACGUAAAACGAAUGUACGUUUAUUCGCGAUAAUCCCAUGAUAAUGACGGAGUCGCGUAUAAGGAGCAUGCGAAUGGUCGACUGUGUAAAAAGCCUCGACGAUGCUGCGAAUCGAAACGCGGAGUGGGCGAUUCCAUGUCUCGGAUGAACGUUGUUACGCUUCGUGAUCGAGCUACCUAGUGGCCAUUUAUUAAUUUCGGCAACGAUCGUCGAUCGUUUCUGAUAUUCCUUUUAGUGUGGUAAAGAUCUAAAAGGAACUGUUUUACAGCCAAAGGUAGCAGCGCGAACAUGACGUCGAAGCAAAGUCCUGGAAAGACUAGUCUCUGCUUGCUAAAAGGUAAAUCGAUUGCUACGUCGGUUCCCGCGAUUCGUUAUCAUGCAAGUGACGACGAGUUGGAAGAGUUGUAUCCCAGCUCCGAGGAAGAACCUCUCGCUCCGGAGCUGGAGAAACUCUCUCCGAAGAAUAGUCCUGGUAAGAACGUGAAAAGUAAGGCUACGGAAGGACUGCUCGUGGAAGGGGGUUCCGAGAGAAGACCCGAGAGCAACGAGGACGACCUGUCGGAGGGCACGCCUCCCGCUGUUCCUUGGAAGAUGCUCUCCGACAUCAAGGGCAAGAUUACCAAGUCCUUUGAAGAAAAGUUGUCGGAGAUGAAGAACGAGAGAAAAAGGAGCAAGCGGAGGAGCGGAGAAAAUUCCAGUGUGAGCGAGUCCGAGGAGUUUGGGGAUGUUACGCCGACCGAGGAAUCCGUGACCGAGAAACGGGAGAAGGAUUCGGCCUCCCCGACGUUGUGUCGACGAGGUCAUGCUAUAGGGUUUUCGCGAUUUCCCCGUAUAAAAACUGGAUUGAAAACCAAAAAAUCGGAAGAUGACGGCAUAGAAAGCGGAGUGGAGGCUGCCGAGUCUGUCGAAGAAGAUGCUCCUGUCGUUCCGGACGAUAAGCGAGACGGCAUCGGCGAGAUUACGUAUUCCGACGAUGCGUCCAAGAGAUUACGGUUCCUUGCCGGGCCUCGCCCUUUCUCCGAAGAGUUCUCCGGUCCCAAAUUUCGAAACACCGUGUCCAUUUAUUCGCAAUUGAAGGGUCCUGUCAUCUAUCGGUUGCUAAUGUUGCCUUUGAUACUCUGCUGUUCCUAUUAUUUUAUACCUCUACCGGCUUAUAUGCUAGGCCUCUUUGGAGGAAUAUUUAUCGCGAUUACCGUGAGCAAUUUGAUAACUGGAGUUAGGAAGAUCCUGUUGACACCGCUUGAGGCAAGUAACCGUCGAAAACCGGUCGUGCCCGUAUUCAAAAUCCCUGCCGUGGCGGAACACGCGGUGGUCGACAGAUUCGAGGGUUGGCUGAACGAACUGCCGUACAAGUAUGACCCAGAAAACUACCACGUUGCCAGGACGAAUCCGGUAUACUUUAAGCUCGAGGGAGACACGCUGCGCGUUAUGGAUACCAGAAACAGAAUACCCAAGAGAACUGUCUGGGAUGAGACCGUUCAGAAACCAAAGUUCACCAAGAAACGAAUCUACACCCUGGCUGGUGCAAAGAUCGAGUUACUCCCGCAUGGUUUGAUCAGGCGAAGGAGGUGGAGUAAAAAGUACCCGAUCUGCGUAACCUUUGGGAAGGAGGCCUUGCUGGAGUGCACGACGAUGGAUGCUUCGCUAGAGGACGAGACUUCUCGAGCGGACCCGGAGAACGAAACGCCGACUCUCGAGGAAGAGGAGACCGACGAAGACCUCUCCCAAUCCAGAGACCAUCGGGAAGUGUUUCGCGACAUCGACGAGGAUGAAGAGGAAGAUCGGGAAAUGAAAAUGUUCAUCUUUGCUCGAGCCGAUCGUCAAAAAGAGGAUUGGUACAGGAGGUUGGCACUUGCUACCAACGUCUUCGGCAAACGAAACUCGUCUACUUCCGUAAAGGAUGCGGCGGCACCGUCGACGAAUUCCUUCUCCCCUAGCAACGAGUCGAAAAGUGCUGCUACUUUAUUAACGAUUAGUGAGACCGUCCCCGAAUUCAGCUAUAACGCUUACAUGACCCGUUACAUCGAGACCGAUUCGAAUCCUGAAAAUGGGGACGUCGUCUGGAUGAAUGCGCUUCUGGCCAGAGUACUCUUCGACAUGCACAAGUGCCCGGAUACGACCAGUCCGAUUCAAGACAAGAUUCAAAGGAAGCUGUCCAACAUAAAGCUGCCUUACUUCAUGGAAAGCUUACACGUAUCGGAGCUGAAGAUAGGUCAGGGUGCCCCGGUGAUACACAAGGCAUCGAAACCGGUCCUGGAUGAGCGGGGCCUGUGGUUGGAUCUGGAUAUAGCUUACGAUGGAUACCUUACGAUGACCAUAGAGACCAAGCUGAACCUGAUGAAGCUGAAACGAGCUGGUUCGUUGUCGAGCAACUCCAAUGACACCCUGGACUUGGACAAACCCAAAGUAGCCAGAUCUCCGAUGUUCGACAGUGACGUCGAGGACAGCCCGGAGACCUCCACGGAAGAAGAGGACGGUGCCAAUCUCUCUGCUUCCGGUCAUGGCGGGGCCUCGAAGGAGUCCACGCCAUCCCAAUCAUCGGGAAGGAAGUUCUUGAGUAUGGUGGACAAAUUGGCAGCCAACAAGUAUUUCCAGCACGCAACGGAGUUAUCUUACAUUAGAAGAGCCAUGGAAGGAGUUUCCAACACAGAGAUUCGUUUAAUGGUAAGCGUGUCGAGCAUCGAGGGCUGCCUGGCACUGAACGUCCCUCCGCCACCAGCCGAUAGAUUGUGGUAUGGCUUCAGAAACGUUCCAAAGAUCAGUCUCACGGCUCAGCCAGCUCUGGGGGAAAAGACUGUAAAGAAUGGUUACGUGACCAAGUGGAUCGAGUCGAAACUACUGCGCGAGUUUGAGAAACUAGUCGUUCUGCCAAACAUGGACGACCUCGUUAUACCCCUGUGUCCGAACUAUCCGUACGUGUCGUCGUAGUAUGUGAUCCGACGUGUUUGUCUCGCUGCCUGCACCGAUGUACAUAAGUAUCGAAUUCCCCGAUAGUCGGGGCUUAUUUAGUGAUUUCGUUAUCCUGCGUUUCCUCGUGCCUGCAUUCCAAGUCUCCGGUGACAGUUCCCUCCUUCCGAGAGACUCCGGAGUCCCUCGGCUACUCCUCCCCUCAAGAGUUUCACGCUGUACGAGACCGAGUCUUAUUUGUAUAUCUAUAUUCGUAUGUUCGUAAACGCCCUUCUUUUCUAUCCAAAGUCUGACGAAAUUCCAACCUAAGGAGCAGCCGAAGGAGGUAGGAGGCUUUUCUCCUCAUUUUCCAACCUCGUCGACCUCUAUUUUUCGAUUAAUUUACAAGUGGACCGAUGGUGCGCACCUUGACUCGGUUCGUCCGGUUCGCUCCCGGUGGAACGAAACGAGCGAAAAGUGUGUCAUUGAUUGGCUCCGAAGGCCAGAGAAGAGGCAUACGCCUCUGAAAGGAAUAUUUAUUGUCGAGAUCGGAGAUAUUUUGGUAUACGAGUCUUUAAGUAACCGACAAUCAAAUGACCUAACCUAAGUUCACCCGACUGCAAGACCGAGGAGGUUAUUCUUUCUUGUUAAUAAUCGUGCUUAACGUUUUGAAGCUGUGAUUAAGACUUUAUAAAGUGCAAACUGAUGCAAGGGAGGCGCUUUUGGUCUCUCUCCUUCUCGGUUCUUUCCUGUUCUCCCCGAACAACAAUCUGUCGAGUCGAGUGCACUGAUGUGCAUGGAUGCGUGCAGAUGCGCCUACCGUUCGGAGCGGUCGACGAUUACGCGCCAAAGUCCGAGGGAUAGUUGGGAAGAUGAAUAGAAGUCUGUUGGUAAUUUUUGAGACUUUGGAAAAAAAGAGAAGAAUACAAAUGACAGAGAGAAAAAAGGAGAAAGGUAGCUUUUUUCUAUGGAAGCGCGUAGAACUGUGCGCUCCUCCGCAUAGUACUCGCACGUGUUUGUUAUCAAAUUAAUAAAAUACUAUGUGUAUUGCG